AUGACUUUAACAAUUAGAAUGCUUUCAUAUAGAGUGAUAGCAGAUGCAGUUGAUGAUUAUGUGCGAAUUGGGGAAAGCAUGACAAUUGAAAGUUUAAAACACUUUUGCAAUUCAAUAAUCAAAAUCUUUGGACUUGAAUAUCUUAGAUCUCCAACAACAACUGAUAUUGCUAGAUUACUUGCUAUUGGGGAGGUUCAUGGGUUUCUCGAUUUGAUAAUCUCUUCUCCCCAAGGAGCAAAGAAGCAACAUUUUACGAUGUUGCAAGAGUCAACAAGAAAGGAUGUAGAGCAGGCAUUUGGAGUGCUCCAAUCUCGAUUUGCAAUUAUAGGUGGUCCAGUACAUUUUUGGGAUCCCAAAUUGCUUGGUAACAUAAUGAAGAGUUGCGUUAUAUUGCACAAUAUGAUUGUCGAAGAUGAGAGAGAUGGGCAUCUUGAUUUUGAUUAUGAAAUAUCAUCAACCAACUCACCAAUAGUAGUUUCGUGUACCAGUAACAAUGACUUCGAAUCAUCAUGUCCCGUCAUUUAG